GCUAAGUCUCUCUGUCACAGAUGAACUGAAGCUAAGUCUCUUUGUCACGCUUUUCUCUCAGAUUUCUCGGUGAAGAACACGAUGAGGAACAUGAUUUCCGUCAUAAUUCUCACUGAAGAACACGAUUUUGUUGGUAUAGGGUUUAUCAGGGCAAAGAUCAUAAGGAAGUCUAGAGGAGAUCUCUUCCCAGAAGAGAAACUCUGCAAAUGGCUGACUCAGCUAUUACUGGCGGUAGAUUAUCUGCACUCCAACCGUGUUCUACACAGAGACGUGAAGUUAUCUAACAUUUUUGUCACAAAGCACAAUGACAUCCGACCAGAUGGAAAUGGUGUUGUGUGUGGAAAUUCACUGUCAUUUCGGCCUUUGUAUGAAAUAACGAUUUCAACACUUGACAAGCCCACGCUCCUCUUUCGGACUCACUUCCAGAUAAUUCAACUUCGAAAAGUAUGUAGUCAUCCUUACCUUUUUGGUGGUAUAGAAUCGGAACCAUAUGAAGAGGGAGAACACCUAGUUCAGGUCAUAUUUUACGAGUAAGAUUGGAAUCCUCAGGUAGAGAAGCAGACCUUGCAGCGUGCUCACCAUUUCUGGAGCUGUUCAUUUUGUUUACGGGGACUGCACCCGUCCUACUAAAAUGUCUCCAUCAGAGCCGACCAUCAUAUUCAGGUGUAUAUGAAACACUUAUCUUUUCGGGUCAAGCUUGUGAUGUUUGUCACAACUUUUAUAGAAAGUAUUUUUACUACUGUUUUAAUUGCACACGCAUGUUAAGUUUUCCAUUA